AAAAAAAAGAAGAGCAGCAGGACCAUGAUUCAAUUUAUAUGAGAACUACCGCGGUCAGUGCAGACAAGAGGACUCAGAUAUCACUCAAACACAGCUUAUUGAACAGCCUAAACAAAGCGUAAAUGGAUCUAACCGAACAGGUAUGUGUCAUUUUUAUUCAUUUGGCAAUUUGGCAAAAUUAAAGCUGCCUUUUACCUUGUCAGUGUGCCGAUGAGUAAUGCUACAUUAGCUAGCAUCCGUCAACUUAGCUAGUGAGGGAGCCAACCGGCAGAGUGGUCGAAAUACUUAAUUGUACGUUGUACUUGCAUUUUAACUUUCAUAAAACGUGAUUUAAACAAUUUUUAUGUGUCAAGUCAGUUUCGGUGGAAUGUGUCUAGCUAGCAAGCUAGCUGUGGGUUAGCUUCGUCUGGAGUUGUGAGGUAAUUUCUUGUGGGAAUUCAUCUUCAUUGUUUCGAAAUGUAAGUUUAGAGACCUCAGCCAACAUUAAGCCAGGGUUCUACAUUAAACAAGCGUUAAUACAUUAGCACGAGUGAUGUUAAGUGAGUUGGCAUUAGACUUGGGCCGACUGCUGGUGCCAUGUGAUGUAUAAUGGCAUUGAAUGGCAACGGUGUGCUAUCGCGAAAUAACAGACUGUUGCUAUGAAGUACUUAUUAGUCAGGAUCAUCUACAGUCUAUAAUCAGAAUCCAGUUUUCUAUAUGUCAGUGUAAAAAAUCAAUAAAUCAUUCAAAGGGGCUGAAGAUAGUCAGUUGCUCAAUCCCCUUUUAUCUGUCAUGUGUGUUGAAAGGGGCUGUUGCAUUCUAGAGGUACUUGGGAUCAAUCUCUCUUCAAAGAUCAGCCCUUACUGACUGUUAAGAUCCCUAUGAAAGAACAGCCAUCAUUUUUUGAAUACAUAUGUAAAUAAAUCAGAUAGGUGCAUAGCCCUUCAAUGCCAGACACCACAAAUUAUGGCCCGAAAAUUUAAAUUUUUUUGGAGCUGGAAUGUUUAUUUCACUUACUAUUGAAAACCAAAAAAAUGUCCUGCAAAUUUAACAAAUAUAUUUCUUUAUCUCGUUUAAUACGUUAGAUGUUUUUGGAAACUGAUAAACUACAAGAGGACAUUUUUAUCAUUUAUCAGACUGUAUUCAGGUGUUUUUUUUAGUAAUUUGUUGAUCAUACUGACUUGAUAGAAGUAUAUAAAAGUAUGUAUCAAAUAUGAUACAAAAGGCAUUAAAGGGCUUAUUGACAGGCACAUGCCUUCACCAUGUCUUUGUGAGCGUGUGUCACAUUGUGAAUGUUGACAUGCAUUGUGACUGUUGUUGAUUUGGAGCACCAUCUAAAUCAAUCUCCUGUGAAUAUGUGUUCAGGGAUAUGAUCUUCUUACAAGUUCUUUUCUCUAUUUUCAAUAUCAGAUCAACCAGCUGGAGGCAGAUUUGCAGGAGCUGGGGUCACUCCUGGAGAAGGCAGAGAGAAAACGAGUGAAGGAAGUGCUGCAACAGGAGCAGAAGAAGGUGGAGAAGGAGCUUGCAGUCAAACGACAGCAGAAGGAGCAACAAGCUAAAAGAGAGGCUGACCCAUCUGCUGCCUCCAAAGCAACAUAUACAGUCAAAAUCACUAACUAUGGUAUGGCGCUAUUGUGUGUGAAAACUACCACUCAUUUGUGUGUGAGUACAAUGUCUAAGCAAGAAUUAAGAUUAACACUUUUGUGUUUUCUCUACAGCGUGGGACCAGUCAGACAAAUUUGUCAAAAUUUACCUCACUUUGAAGGAUGUGCACAACAUUCCAUCAGAAAAUGUGGAGGUCAAGUUUACAGAGAGGUUUGACAAGAAUCAAUCCCCUAAUUAUGUACAAAGUUUAGAAUUAUACAAAUCAUAACCUUUCACAGGGAUUACAAAUGAAUUUGUCUCAUUUCUUUGCAGCUCGUUUUCAGUUUUGGUAAAGGAGCUUGAUAGAAAAAACCAUCAGAUGACAGUCCUCAACCUGUUGCAUCCAAUUGAUGAGAAGGACUGCUAUAAAAAGGUAAAUUAUCAGUUUAAGGAUAUAAAUCUUUCAAAUAUUUCAUGAGUUAUUUUUAAGAAAAGGGAUGGGACCCGUUGGUUUUUCGCAGUCUUUUUUGCCUCUAUUUUGGUAUUAGUCUGAACUUUCUCUAAACUGUAAUUGCAAUGGUCACAACAGCUAACUAGUUAAUAGAAACCAUACUGCAUAAUUGCAGUAUUUGUUUUUAACUUGCAUGCUUUAAAACCUAGUUUUUAUGUCCGUUGUUUUAGCCAGUGCCACAAAAAUGAAUAGUUGUUUUGUGUUGAGGUUUUGCUGAUUUUUGACUAUCUUAUCUUUUUUAAUAGAUAAAAACAGACAUGGUUCUGGUCAUGUGCAAGAAGCAGGCAACAAAGAAGUGGGAGUGCCUCACAAAGGUGGAGAAGCAGUCUAAAGAAAAAGAGUAAGUUGAUGAAGUGUGUUGAUGUCAAAGAAAUUCACACUUGAAGGGGUUUGCAGCUGCAAUUUCAGUUAUGACAACUGUUGAAUGAUCCCCCAUGUCUGACAUUACAUGUUGGGAAGUUUUCCUGAAUCAUUAAGUUCAUACUGUGAUUGUUCAUGUGAUUUCACUACUUUAAAAAGUACAGAUAUUAGGCAUAUGCUGGAAAAUCAAGUUUGGACCGCUUCCAAUGUAGCUGCACUGAUGUGCAAUACCACAUCAGCAUGCCAGGUGUCACUGUUUACCAUGCAGCUGGGGUGUAUGCAAACACGGCAAGAAUUAGACUUCCACAUCUAUAUGAACUCUCUUUGUCCCUCUACAGCAAACCCAGUACUGAUGACAACGCAGACCCCAGCGAUGGCCUAAUGACCAUGCUUAAGAAGAUUUACUCAGAAGGAGACGACGACAUGAAGAGAACCAUCAACAAAGCCUGGUCUGAGUCCCAAGAGAAGAAAAUAAGAGGAGAGAUGGGAGACAUGAUGGAUUUCUGAAGUGCACACACAUUCAUCCACAACAGGAUAGAGUGACACUUGGCAGGGAUCGCUGUCAUGACUUGAAUAUUAUGUGAUGUGUUGAAACUACAAGUCCAAUAUAUAAAUCGUAACCCCACAACAUCAAGAAUAAACAAAUUGUAUGGACUAUUGACUAAGCUCCUGCUGGCCUCAGCCUAGCCAUGCUUGGAAAAUCCAACAACCUGUGUUCUCACAUCCAUUUUUCAUGAUGCAGAGACUUGUCAGUGAAAGCUUGUACAAAUAUGGGAAGACAGUCCAGCAGAUGGCGACCUCAACAUAAUAAGAAUCCAGCCAUUAUUUGGCUUCUGUCACCUUUCUCCAGACCAUAGUACAGAUAAUUAUAAUGAGGUUAACCCCCAUCAAUACUAGCUGUUUAGAUUGGACUAGCAGAAAUGUGAUUUUUUUCAACACUUAAUAUACUUGUACCCAUGAUAUUCGUGAAGUUCCCACUUCAUAUGCCAAAGAUGUGACCUUGGAUUAAUCAUAUCAGCAGUUUCUUCAUUGUAAUUCUCUGAAUGCUCAUUCCUUUACUAUAAUGCACUGAAAAUGUUCCUUGUAGUUCCAGGAGAGGGUGGGGCUCGUCUCCUCCUGUAAAUGCUGUUCACUUAACCUCACUUGUAAUUCCCCUUGAACAUUUGUGAACAUGUUAAAUUCCUGUUAUAAAUUUUGUUGACUUUACUUUUAUCAUAUGUUAAAUGUGCUGUUGCCCAAUUGUCCGAUUUCACUUUUGAUUCUUGAUCACACUCUCUCAAAUACAGAUCUUGAGUCUUAA